AUGAGUAACAUCGUCCUUAUCCCCCAGGCAUUUCCCACACUAAAAGAAAGGGACAAAAUCGUCGACCUGUACAAACAUCUCCGCUUAGCAGGCCUCAAACAAGAUCCAAAGGCCUUUUCAGCGACGUACGAGACAGAAGCAGAGUUUCCCUACGAAAAGUGGCUGGCCCGGAUUCAGAACCCGCAGGCACGAACCUUUAUCGCCCUGGACGAGGGUGAAGCCGCCCCUUUAUCGGGCGAUGCGUUGACGGCCCUUUUGUCGAGGGAAUGGCUGGGAACUGUGACUAUCGUAGGACCGAGACUUGCGUUCAGCAGUGAAAUUGAUCUCAACGCGCCGUGGAGGGUAUUUACGGAAGGCGAUCGGUAUACGACGCCACAAGCGGAUGACAGAAACGUCGUCGCCGUGUAUAUGAUUGCCGGCAUGUUUGUGCUUCCAGCGUCAAGAGGAAGGGGCAAUGGUCGUCGACUUGUUGAAGAGGCGGCCAGAUAUACCCGAGGCGCUUCUCCAGCUACAGAGCGAACCCUACUGGUCCUACUGGUCGAAGCAGACAACGAACCUGCAAGGAAACUCUACGAAAGAUGCGGGUUUCAGGAGUCCAACGAGGAAGUGGCAUUGGGUGGACAACAGACAGUCGGGAUGAUAUUAGACUGGAAAGGAAUGCAAUAG